CUACUUUUUGAAGCUUUAGAUUCAAUUGAAAUUGAAUCUGAUUCGAAUAUAGAAUUCAAUUCUAAUAUAAGCAUAGAUCCUUGUUAUGAUGAAACUCUUAUUACCUUUAUUAUUUCUCAUCGUUUAAAUAAUCUACCUCAAAUUAUAAAUAUACAUCCAAAAUCUGAUCAUUGGUUAGGGCGAAAAGCAACUAUUUGGGAUAUUUGUUCAAAAUUUGGAAUAGCAGAAGGUACUGUACCUUUGUUUAUAUCAAGAGUUAUUGAGGCUCUAAAAUUAUUAAAAAAAGAUGUUAUUAUUUGGUCUUGUAAUAACUAUCAACAAAGAAUUCAUAUGGGUUUUGAAGAAAUGUAUAGUUUUCCAAAUGUAAUUGGUGUAUUAGAUGAGUCUCAUAUGAAUUUGUUUGAGGCCCCUAGUAAACUAAACAAGGAUACAAAAAUGCCGUUAUGCUAUACAUCUUCAGGCUGUUAUCGAUCAUAA